AUGUUGCAGGUAGGAAAUCCAUUUACCGAUGACAACUAUGACAACACCGGCAUCAUGGACUAUGCUUGGAGCCACUCCGUCAUACCGGAUGACCUCUACCGUCAAACCAAACAAGUCCGUGAUUUCAAGGCUUCACCCUGGUCCACCCAAUGCAAUGAUGUCGUUAACCGAAUAGAAAACCAUGGGUUGAAGAGAGUGGGGAUCUUUGCAGAAGGUUAUGAUCCAUGUUAUCCUGAAUACGCAGUAAUGUACUUCAACAGGCCAGAUGUUCAACAAUCUAUUCAUGCAGGCACCAGAGGGGCGAAAUGGGUCGGAGGGAGGAUGGUGGAGUACGAGGGGCUGACAAUGGUGACGGUGAGAGGGGCUGGUCACAUGGUGCCUCUAAACAAACCCAGUGAGGUUCUUGCCCUCAUGCAUUCUUUCUUGUCCGAUGAUCCACUACCCAAUCACAGAUAG